AUCGCGGUUGUUUCUAGUGUCUCAUCAUGGAUUCACAGACAUCUAACUCAGACAAUAUUGAAGAAUUAUUAAAACAAUCAAAGGAUAACUUUAAUGCAUUCAAAAGUAUUCGAGAAAGGCUUACAAAACCGACGGUUUCUGUAGAAUACACAAAUUUCGUACAAACACUAACUGAACACUUACACGAAUUACCAUUGAAUUCUGUGAAAAAGUUAUUAUUCUCUAGUAUUGAUCCUGUUGACUGGAUGAUACUCAACAAUCCAACUGUAUCUGAGAAUAUGAUCAAUUUAUAUGUAAUAAGUAUUUCAUAUUUUCCAAAUUUGACUUAUGAAAUAUGCGAAUAUUGUAUAAAUCAAGUAUUCUAUUUCAAAGAUUCUAUUGAACAAUUGGACACCAUUAAUCAUUUAAACAAUUUAAACAGUAUCGCCAUCGACUUUUUCACUGCAUUAUGUCAAAAUAUAUCACAUUCAACGCCUAUUCUUGUUGAUUUAUUAAUUAAACGAUUUCCUAAUUGGCGUAAACCGGUGAAAGAAUUACUCUGGGCAACUUUUAGCAUUUUAUCACUACUGUCAUGUCAAAAAGCUUCAAAACUAUUAAGUAAUACAGAUAAGUGUAAUGUACUAUCAAUGAUUUUCACUGCUAUCAUUGAAUUAGAAUUGAAUCCUGAUGGUGUAACGCAUGAAAAUCUAUUGCCAUUAUUUGAUGAAACUACUCCAAUCUAUGCAAUCUUACAAAAGUUUGAUAAAACUGACCUUGAAGCGCAUCUAAACAAUCUGUUCAACAUCAUUCAAGGUUCAAUAGUCGAUGAUAAGAAUUGGUUAAAAAUUGAACUACUCUCUUGGCUACUUAUAUCAUAUAUCAGUAGUAUAUGUACAAAGGGGAAUGACGAUUCAACAUCGUCAUCAUCAUCAUCAACACCACAGUUUGAUUGGGAUUUAUUGUGUUCAAUAUUUCGACGAGCACGUGACCUGUUUUCAGAGUAUAUUCUUCCUGUAAAUGUUCCACUUUUAGCCUAUCCAAUGGUAUGCUUUUAUAUGUGUAGUCUACGUGGUGGUUUAGUGAUUAGUUUUAUUGAUUUCUUGUGGAAUACCAUAAAAGAUGAACAUCGUGAUCAAGGUAGUCGUUUAAUGGCAUUAUCUUAUCUUUGUUUCAUUCUAGUGAAUGGGAAAUUUUGCUUUAUUGAUCUAGUAAUUGAAAUAAUGCAUAAUAUGACAACAUGGUGUAUUGAUUAUACGUAUAGACAUCGUCGACAGUUAACGGUCCAUUCAACUGUUUUGCUAUCAGAGAAUAAACUCUACUAUGCUGUCUGUGAUGUAUUAAUCUAUAUAUUUGUUCAAUUGCACAGUGAAUUAUUACGUAAAGAACAUUUCGAAAGUUGUAAUCGUCUGCCAAUGGCACAGAUUAGUAUAUCACCAUUUAAACCAUUGUUGCAUACACCUAGGAGAUUACGUCAAACAUUUUUUCAAAUUAUUUCUGUCUAUCAUAUGAGUUGGUCUACAAUUGGUUUAACCCAGUCAAUCAAUGCUGAUGAUGAUGAUGUAUUGAAAGAGAAUAAUGCAGCAUUAUUAAAUUGGAUGACUGUGGACAGUAUUCGUUCAUUACUACCGAGUAAUAUAUUACGCAUGUUGAGUAGUAGGAAUUGUUGUCCUCUGUCACUUUCAUCAAUUACCAUUAAUCGUUUAUUUCGUGAUAUUCGAUUGGGUGAACGUUUAAUUAGUAAUAACAGUAAUAAUGUACUACAACAAGGUGAAAGCAACUCGAAUUGUGACGUUCAGGAGAAAGUAUCACCGAAGUCACCGAGAAAAAGUAAACGUAAGGCGUCAAGUGUUGAAGAUCUGGGAGUGGAGAGUACUACAAAUGGUGGGUUGAUUGCAAAACACUCAAAGAUUGAUGAAACUUCUACUUGAAUAAUUUGUUAAAUACUUUCUAACAUUAUACCCUUUUGUAUAUAUAUAUUUUAACAUAUUUAACACAGAGGGUUUUAGUUCAUUCCGUUUUUCCUCUAUACUUACUUGUACAUAUCAGGUGGGAUAUUUUUGAAAAUAAAUCAAAAAUAUAACAUUUUAAGAU